AUGGCGUCUGCUAAUACAACGCCUGCUCCUUCUCGUGUACUGAAGAGGUCAACACCAAGUACACAAAACAUGAACAAAAACCAAAAGUCCAUCCUAGGCUUCUUCCAGCCUAAGUCGUCCCCAUCGGCGCCCUCAUCAUCCCAACGAAGCUCCAACAAUCCAGCAUCCUCUCCCUCCCAAGCUACAUCUACACCUGGUCCAUUCAGCCCAACAACCACCGCCUCUGUGAGAUCGAAAUUUUCAAAGCAAAAGCUAGAUGAUUACCCAAAUGUCACUCCAGUGCCGAGCAGUGAUGCAAUUGAGCCUCCAGAGGAAGAUACGCCAACCGCAGUGAGGAAAGUGUGUUCUGGGGAACAGAAGUCCUUUGCCAAUACUCCCACUAGACGGGCGAGAACGGCUGUAAAAAGUUAUAUAGAGUCCGACGACGAGGAGAUCAUUCAACCGGGGAGAAGAGGUAGAUCUCAGAAGAGAAGGAAAACAGGAGACUAUACUAGCGAUGAUGACUGCUUCAAGCCCGACGAAGAAGAGGAGGGAAAGUACCUGGAUGAUACUGAUGAUUUUGUUGUCCCUGAUGAUGAUUCCGAGGAAGAAGUGAAGUCGUCCAAGAAACGAAAACGCCCCUCUAAGCCAUCGUCUAAGAAGGCGUCGAGCAGCCCACCACCGAUACCUGAAAAUGACAUGGACAUAGAAAUUCCCCAGCGUGCUACUGGCUCGACCCAGAAAUGGCGCUACGACCCUGAAAAUGUAGAACCAUACGAGCCUCAGAAUAAUCCUUUAAUCAAGCCGGAAUCGCACGUCAGCAAUAAGAAAAAGAAAGCCCAUAUGACAGAACCAGAGAAUCGAUACCCAUGGCUUGCAAAUAUUAUGGAUAUGGAUAAAAACCCAAUUGGCCAUCCUGACUACGACCCUCGUACUCUAUACAUCCCACCUCUGGCGUGGACAAAAUUUUCGCCUUUUGAGAAGCAAUACUGGGAGAUCAAACAGAAAUUCUGGGAUACCAUUGUAUUUUUCAAAAAGGGUAAAUUCUACGAAUUAUAUGAAAAUGACGCGACAAUCGGACACCAGCUCUUUGACCUCAAACUUACCGAUAGGGUCAAUAUGCGCAUGGUUGGAGUACCCGAAAUGAGUCUUGACCACUGGGCAAAUCAAUUUGUCGCAAAAGGGUUCAAGAUUGCUCGGGUGGAUCAGUCAGAAUCUGCCUUAAGCAAAGAAAUGAGGGAACGGGAAGACAAGGGAAGCAAGAUGGGUAAAGCACAAAAGGAAGAUAAAGUCAUAAAACGAGAGUUGGCAUGCGUUCUGACCACCGGAACCCUGGUGGAAGGAUCAAUGAUCCAAGGCGAUAUGUCGACUUACUGCGUGGCAAUCAAGGAAGCCAUCGUUGAUGGCCUACCUGCUUUUGGCAUUUCUUUCGUUGACACGGCUACUGGGCAAUUCUUCUUGUCUGAGUUCAUUGAUGAUGUGGACAUGACAAGAUUUGAAACCUUUGUUGCUCAGACCAGACCGCAGGAACUGUUACUUGAGAAAUCAGUCAUGUCUACCAAAGCUCUCAGGAUAUUGAAGAACAAUACUAGCCCAACUACUCUCUGGAAUUACCUGAAGCCAGUGAAGGAGUUCUGGGAGGCUGAUAUGACAGUUAGGGAGCUUAAUGCGGGCGAAUACUUCGGUCCAGGGGACCAGAGUAAUCUAGAAACAUGGCCCCAUGUACUUCGAGACGCUCAGGAUAAGGACCUAGUUAUGUCUGCUUUUGGGGCCCUUCUACAGUAUCUUCAGAUGCUAAAGAUUGGACGGGACCUCGUCACUAUAGGGAACUUCACUUGGUACGAUCCAAUCAAGAAAGCAUCGAGCCUUGUCCUUGAUGGACAAACCCUGAUUAAUCUUGAAAUCUUUGCAAACACGUACGAUGGUAGCUCAGAGGGAACUCUCUUUCAACUACUCAACCGCUGUGUUACGCCUUUUGGGAAACGGCUGUUUAAACAGUGGGUUUGCCAUCCACUUGUGGAUAUUGCAAAGAUAAAUGCUCGACUUGACGCCGUCGAAUCCCUCAACGCAGAUAACACAGUCCGUGAGCAAUUCUCAUCUCAACUAACUAAAAUGCCCGACCUGGAACGACUCAUUUCUCGCAUCCAUGCUGGAACCUGUAAAGCUCAAGAUUUCGUUCGUGUGCUAGAGGGCUUUGAGCAGAUUGAAUAUACCAUGGGCCUUCUAAAGGGAGCUGGGUCUGGCCAUGGUUUAAUUGGCCAAUUGAUAUCUGCUAUGCCAGAUCUCAACAGCCUUCUGAGAUUCUGGGAAACAGCGUUUGAUCGACCCAAGGCUAGAGAAAGCGGCAUUUUGGUCCCAGAAGAGGGCAUUGAGGAAGAGUUUGAUGCUUCAAAGGAAAACAUUGACCAGUUGGAGGAGAAACUCCAGCAAGUCCUGCAUAGGGUUCGAAAAGAGUUGAAAUGCUCGACUAUUGUUUUCAAAGAUAACGGGAAGGAAAUUUACCAACUCGAAGUACCAAUCAAGGUCAAGAAUAUCCCAAAGUCCUGGGACCAAAUGUCAGCAACAAAACAAGUCAAGAGAUAUUAUUUUCCAGAGCUGCGGGCGCUGAUUCGAAAACUUCAGGAAGCUCGAGAAACACACGCUCAGGUUGUGAAGGGCGUCGCAGGCAGAUUCUAUGCUCGUUUUGAUGAAAAUUAUUCGAGCUGGCUUGCAGCUGUCAAGAUAAUCGCCCAGCUUGAUUGUCUUAUUGGCUUGGCCAAAGCCUCCACAGCGUUAGGCCACCCAAGCUGUCGUCCAAUAUUUGCCGACGAUGAGCGGAGCGUGCUUAAUUUCCAUGAGCUCCGCCACCCUUGCAUGAUGCCUAAUGUUGGAGAUUUUAUUCCAAAUGAUAUCAAGCUAGGAGGGGACUCCUCGAACAUUAACCUUCUCACUGGCGCAAACGCAGCAGGAAAAUCUACAGUCUUGCGUAUGACAUGUACUGCGGUUAUUAUGGCACAAAUAGGCUGUUAUGUUCCUUGCGAAUAUGCUCGCCUAACUCCAGUAGAUCGUAUCAUGUCCAGGCUUGGGGCAAAUGACAAUAUCUUUGCCGCUCAAUCAACUUUCUUUGUUGAGCUUUCUGAAACCAAGAAGAUUCUUUCCGAGGCAACCCCACGCUCCCUGGUAAUCUUGGACGAACUUGGCCGUGGAACCAGCUCCUACGACGGCGUAGCAGUGGCACAGGCGGUACUUCAUCAUGUCGCUACUCAUAUUGGAGCCCUUGGUUUCUUUGCCACUCACUAUCACUCUCUCGCAGCUGAAUUUGAGGGGCACCCUGAAAUUGCUGCGCGUCGGAUGCGCAUUCACGUCGAUGAUGCGGAAAGGCGUGUAACCUUCCUCUACAAGCUAGAAGACGGAGUUGCCGAGGGAAGUUUCGGAAUGCAUUGCGCCUCCAUGUGUGGUAUUCCAUCUAAGGUAGUUGAAGGUGCAGAGGUUGCUGCGAAACAAUGGGAACAUACCAGCCGUAUGAAGGAGAGCCUAGAGAAACGAAAAGGCGGCGGGCUUAUUGGUUUGGGCUGGUGGAGUGAUGUAUCAUGGAUUCUCAAGGGAUCCCAACAAGCAAUCGAUGGAGCCACUCAACAGCGAGACACUGACCGCGGAAUUGAUAUCCUCCUCAAGGCUAUUGAAGCGUUAUGA